AUGAGUAAUCUUAGAGAGAAACUAGAGAAGGAAAAUGAUAGUGAAGAGUCACUCAUAUCCCAAUUUGAAACCACCUUAACCUUUAGACCAACAUCAAACGCAGACUAUGGAGGUGGUGGUGAUGGAGGUGAUGAUAUCACGAUCGACCAGACCCAGGACUUCAAUGUAACCUCUAUGAACUACACCAGAGAUGUUAGUAUUGUUGGAAUAGAAGAAUUGGAGGAAGAGGAGUUGAUGCUGGAACAAAUCCCAAAGUUCAAAACAAGAAAUAGAUACAGCUUACUCCCCAAUUUAGCAACUAAGGAAUUCAAAGAUGAAAGGGAUUCAAUAAGAAGUUCUUCUCGUGAUGGGUCACCUUCUUUAUCUUCAUAUGGUAAUUUGGAUUCCACCAAAUACAAGGAUAUCUUAAGGCCGUCUCCAUUGAUUGAUAUCGCAUUGGAACGGUUCCAUAAGGCCUUCGAUUUGUUUCUUGAUUCCAAUCCUCAUAUCAAAAGUGAAUCACCCCGGUUUCGUAAUGAAAAAGAUCGGACUUUGGUGGUGUUAUCUCCGUAUUCUUCCGAACAUGCUUUUGGAAGACUGUGGGUUUCGAAAUCUUAUUUAUCAACAAUCUUUGAACGUCCACAACGAUUACUUGCUUCGUGUCUUGGUAUUUCGGCUGCAUUGACCAUGUUCCCCUUUUUUUAUCAAAUUAUUAACUCCACUAAAAGAGGGUCUCUAUUUUCUCCUCAUGUUCGUCGAAUCCACGGUAAAAACUGGCCCAAAAAAUUGGUUGAACUUUGUUUAGAAUCUCAUGAUAAAUUGUUAGAUGAUGAAAUAGAAGUUCCGGAAGGUUGGAAUGCUGGUGAUAUUUAUUUAACUCCGAAAACCAUCAAUGCUAUAGAAGGAGUUAUAGGAACAAUCGAAACAGCCAUUGAUAAUGUCAUUGGUAACAUCAGCAGUAAAGAUAAUUAUGAUUUGGCAUUUGUUGUAAUUAGACCUCCAGGUCACCAUUCACAUGCUUGUUUACCAAGUGGAUUUUGCUUGUUGAAUAAUGUUCAAAUAGGUAUCGAAUACGCUGCUGAUAAAUAUAAAGUCAGUCAUGUUGCUAUUUUAGAUAUAGAUUUGCAUCAUGGUGAUGGUUCACAAGAUAUUUGCUGGGAACGUGCAGGGUUUGCUGGUGAUUAUGGUAAAGAUGAUUUUCAAGAUUUAGAUGAAGAUGAAUUGCGUAAUAAUCCUAGAAAUGAUUAUGGGAAACGUACGGCUGGUUAUCCUAAAGUUGGAUAUUUUUCUUUACAUGAUAUUCGUAGUUACCCCACGGAAUUGGGUUAUGCCACUAGAGAAAACAUUAAGAAUGCUUCCCUAUGCAUUAUGGAUCAUGAUUUAACCAUUUGGAACGUUCAUUUACAAUCAUGGGCCACUGAAGAUGAGUUUUAUAAGCAUUAUCUGACGAAAUAUGUUGCUUUGCUUAAUCGAGCCAAUCAAUUCUUGAAUACUGCAAAGAAAGAAUAUGAAGCUGCGUAUCAAGAAUAUUUGACAGAUUUAGCAAAGUACAACAAAUAUCUUAUGAAACCUCAUCUAUAUGGGAAUCAAAGUAUUAAACGACCUGAGAUUCCUCAACCUUUUAACCCAUUGAUUAUGAUAUCUGCUGGAUUUGAUGCUCUGGAGUAUGAAAACCCACAAAUGCAGAGACAUGGGAUUAAUGUUCCCACAUCAUUUUAUGCAAAGUUUACUAAAGAUGUUGUUAAAUUGGCCAAAAUUCAUACCAACGGGAAAGUGGUUUCCUUUUUGGAAGGUGGUUAUUCCGAUGGAGCAUUAUCAACAGGAAUAUUUUCUCAUUUAAUUGGGUUAACGAAUGACGAUGAUAUUCAAUGGAAUGAAACUUGGGGUAGUCAACAGGUUAUGAAAGAAUUAUCCAAAGGAUGUAAGAAAAACUGGACUCCUUAUAAGAAUCCUAAUGCUGAGAUUACUGUUUGGGCUAAUGAAGUGAUCAAAUUAGGUAGAGCAAUGAUGCCUAAUGCAAUUUUACCUGCGAAUUAUAUUUAUCACUAUGAGCCUACAAAUUCAAAAUCUUCAGGGAUGACAGCUAGUUCAAUUGGAAGUGGGGGUGGAGGAACUGCUUCAGAAAGAAUUGGUUCUAAUAAUUCUUUACAGCUGCACUCAAUGGUUGGAUCCAAAGAUCUUGUCAAUCCACCACCAAUACACAAGAUGGUUAAGGAGAUUUUGGCGGAUGGAUCCGAAGCAAUUGAGUCAAGUCCUAUUAAAGCUGAUCCUGAAGAUUCUAGACGAAUAAUUAGACACACAAGAUCUUAUUUCAAGAAAGUGAACAACGGUAAAGACAGAUAG